CGCCCCCUUCGUCUGGCAUUUCUCAUUGCCAUCAAUAUCCACCCUCUAGAUCCACUCUCGAACAUUCAGUCUGUACACUUUUGACUGACCAGCUGGGUCUCCCUUGGUCGACACCUCGCGACCAAACAAACAUCCUCAUAACCCGACUCAUCCGAUAAUCAUCCUCCCUUCUAUACAAUGGAUCACUCGAGAGAUCCCUGCCCAUGGGUCGCGCUGAGCGACUUCGGUGGUGCCUUCUGUAUGGGUGCUAUCGGUGGUGCUGUCUGGCACGGUGUCAAAGGUUUCCGCAACAGCCCCUACGGUGAGCGCCGGAUAGGUGCUCUCACAGCCAUCAAGGCACGCGCCCCGGUUCUCGGUGGUAACUUCGGUGUCUGGGGUGGUCUCUUCUCGACCUUCGACUGUGCCAUCAAGGGCAUCCGCAAGAAGGAAGAUCCUUACAAUGCCAUUAUCGCCGGUUUCUUCACCGGUGGUUCUCUGGCUGUCCGUGGAGGUGUUAAGGCUGCCCGCAACUCCGCUAUUAUGUGUGCCGUCUUCCUGGCCGUCAUCGAAGGUGUCGGUAUCGGAUUCCAGCGAAUGAUGGCCGACAACACAAAACUCGAGCUUCCUCCUCCUCCUCCCUCCGAACAAAAGGCUCUUGCUUAAAUUUCUCCCCCCGACCACUGCGCCCGCGCAAUCCGACUCACUCCUCCGGUGGACUACGAUCCACCUCCUUUUCCCAUCUCUUGUCUUUAUAACACAUCUCACAUUGAGUCUCUCUCCUCAGGUGUUUGGUUUGGGUCAUCAUUAAACGACAUGGCAUAGAGGUUCUUGGCUUCCUUUUUUUCUGUUUUAGCUUGCACUUCAUACCACCCUUCCACUGUCUAUGUCUUUGGAACUGUAUUUUAUGGAUGGCGGGCUCGUUCUACGGCCAGUUCCUAGCAUUGCCGUGUGUCUUCUCGGGCCAAUUUGGCUUUCAAAAGGAAAUCCUCUACUCCUGCAAAAAGCGUCGGGAUGGUGAUGGAUACUUGUACAUUAACGCACAGCUACCAGGCAUAAUACGC